UUUAAACGUUUAUGAAGAACUUGCUUGUUUACGAGGUUCUUAUUUAAAUGAAAAUGUCUACUAAAGCAUGGAAUGAAACCGCCAAUGAAAACUAUCCUAGAAUUACAAAAAAAUUUCUUCAGAAGAUAUGCAAGGAAAAUAAUCUUUACAUGACACCUCAUCUAAAUGAUACUCUUUAUCUCCAUUUCAAAGGCUUAACAAAAAUCGAAAACCUGGAAGAUUACACUGGAUUAAAGAGCAUUUGGUUGGAAAAUAAUGGAAUAAGAAAAAUUGAGAACUUGCACGCUCAGAAAGAGCUGCGAUGUCUCUAUCUGCAGCAGAAUCUUCUGUCGACUAUCGAAAACUUAGAAAGUUUACAUAGAUUGGACACCAUUAAUCUCAGCAAGAAUAGCAUUACCACAAUUAGCAAUCUCAGUUGUCUUCCCUGCUUAAGCACCCUCCAGAUGAGCCACAACAAGCUGUGCUCCAUUGAAGAUAUACAGCAUUUAACGAAAUGCCACACAAUAUCUGUGCUGGAUCUCUCUUACAAUGUGUUGGAAGAUCCGGGAGUUCUAGAUGUGUUUGCUGCCAUGACAUCUUUGAGAGUCCUCAACAUGAUCGGGAACCCUGUUUUAAAGCAUAUGAAAAAUUACAGAAAGCAUUUCAUUUUUGGAAUCAGAGACCUCUGUUAUCUCGAUGACAGACCGGUUAGUGACAAAGAAAGAGCCUGUGUCAAUGCGUGGUCGAAGGGUGGUGUCGAAGGGGAAAGGAAAGAAAGAAUUCGAUGGAAAGAAAUGGAGCAAGAAAAAAUUAGGAGAAGUGUUGAAGCUGUUUUAGCCCUAAGGAAAGGAAAAUCAUUUGUAGAUAUUCUUUCGAUCAACAAAAAUUUAGAAGAGAAAUCAGAAAAUCAAAAUACGAAAAAAGUGUCAGAAGUUAAGCCCAUGGAGAUCCAGUUAACACAUAUAAAAGAGGAAUUAUCUCAAAAUAAAAAUACUCAGUUGAUUCAGGAAGAAAAUGAAAUUUUCCACGAAGAAAUUCCUCAUCUAAUUCAGGAAUCACAAGUUGUACUCGAUGAAGGAAUAAAUAACGAAGUAUUACCUGAAUCAAAAUCGAUCGACAUACAAGAAGCAUCAAAGGAAUCAUCCCAACUCAUCGAAUUAUCCGCUUCUCCGAUUCGACCUACGAAUAUCGAAUAUUCUUCGGGGGAAAACGAAGAACGACAAGAAAAUAAUCCUAUAACUCAAUCAAAAAUAUAUGAAAAUUCUGUUCCUCUCUAUAUAGAUAAUAAACAUAAUACUGAUGAGAAAUCUGAUGCAAAGUCUCAUAUUUACAAUCAUCAAAAUUGCAUUACUAACAGGGAAAAAGAAUUAUGUCAAGGGAAAAAUAUUUCAUUUAGUAAAAGUGAUAAAAAUAAAAUCAUAUCCUUUUCACAAAAAUUAGAAAAAAAUAUUAUCGAAUUAUUAGAAGUUUACGAAAAUACAUCCCAUAAAGAAGAAACAGAAUAUAUAAAUCAAUCGACAAACACCACCAAACAUACUUCACCUCAUGUUACAGACUCUGAUAACAGCAUUCCGAUAGUUCUUGCAGAAUUUAGCAAAACCGUAAGAGUUCAAAGUAAUGAGAACGAAACUGUAGAAAAUGAAUCUAUAGAAAAUAUAAUACCUUAUUCGGAAGCUAUUUGCUCUCAAAAUCCUGUUUCUGACUUAAUCGAAAUACAGGAUAAAGUUAGUUCAGUUUAUAAUUUCACAUCACUUGAAACAUGCGAAGUUUUGAAUAAUACUGGUACUACAACAGAAAAGGCAGAUUCCAACUCAAAACAAAACGCACAUGUGCAAAAUGAUCCCUUAACCGAACUCAACUAUUCUACAAAAACUGCAGAGAAUAAAGCACACUUAUUACAAUUCAAAGAUCUCAAUUCGCCAGUAACGAAACUUGAUGUUGAACAACUGUUCAGAGUAACAAAUGUACAAUCAUUUUCUUCGAAACUGGUAGCAGAUCCUGCAUUUCUUCCAAAUGCGUUAGAAGAUACAAUAGAAGAAAUAUGUGAAAAACCUGUCAAGAUUUCAAAGAUUCCUUGUAUAAAUGAAGAGGAAUGUGUUUUAUUACAGAAGCCUAAAGUCAAUUUGAAACACGCAGAAGAUAUUUCGGAUCAUGAAGUAAAAGUAAUUAUCGAAAGUCCAACACAUAAUGGCGAAAGCAAUAAAAGCACACAAGAAAUUGUUGCUUAUUUAGCAGAAGACAACAAAAAUAACAAAAUGGAUACAGAGAUGAGCAGGGAAUUUAACCAAACAAUGUUAACAGAAAUGCCAGCUGAGGAUCUUCAAUACAAACAAAAAGCAGAAAAUUCUAACAUUCCUGCAACAAGCGAAGGAAAAUGUAUUCAUUUAACAUCCUCAGGAAAGAAAAGAGAACUGAAUUGUGAAAAUGUAUCUGAAAUCAUCAUUGAAAGUUCCAAACAGAAUGAACUGAACUGCGCAACAGCAUCUGAGGUGAACAAUAAAAGUUGCAAAGAAAAUGUAUCUCAACAUCAUACUCAUCUCAAAUGGAUUGUCGAUCGCGAAGAGGAAAAUACAUCGAACAGAAAAGUAACGAACAUUUAUUUUGAAAGAAAUGUUUUAGCUGCUACGAUUGUAUCGAAUUCUGAAGCAGAUGCAGAUGAAACAAAAUCAGUUCUUCGUACCUUGACUCAAGCAAAUACACCACACUCAGAAUUAAACAAAAAAGAAGGAACGAAUGCAAUAAAUGGGAAGGAAAAGAGCGUUUAUUUCCAAGAAAAUGUCUUUGCCACAACAGUGGUGUCAGAAUGUGAAACUGAUGCUCAUAAAACAGAAUCAACUCAGCACACGUUGGUACAAACGACCGCGAAGCAUCCAAAAUUAGAUGCUGAAAAGGAAAACGAGAUAACAGAAGCGCGAAUAAUUAAGAUGCAUUCAGAAAUAAUGGAGACAAAUGCAAAUAUUAAGCCUGUAGAGCUUAUUAUUAUGAAAGAUCCUGUAGGACAGUUCCAAGUAGCUGACGAAGUCGAUCUUCUUCAACUCCAAGAAGAAUUGCUUUCAGAUACGAAUUUGAGAGAUACUAAUACAUGUGAAAUUCAUAUGAAUGCACUGCAGGCAGAAGAAAUAUGUAGUUUACAUAUUAAUGAUCAAAAUGAAAACAUCGAGAAAUGUAGUAAUAAAGAUAUAAAGAAUAAAAAUAAGAUUUUUCAGCGUACAAAUUCAAAUUUAGAUAAUUGUAAUACUGGAUACAAAACUCGGAGAGAUAUUUAUGAGUCACAAACAUCUGAUGUGGAUAGUAAAUCCUUAAUUACAGAACAAAAUUCUCUGGUUAACAGAGUGAAUAACAACGAUGUAACUGAUACUGGAAUAAACCCCGCUAUAAAUUUCUCUUACAACUUUGAUGAUCAAGUUCGGUAUAUUACGCAAGGAAGCAUCUUUAGGGAGACUCCAUUAGGAAGAAAAAAUAUUGAAGCAAACGAAAAAAAUACAACAACUUUCUCCUCCCAAAAUUAUAAUACUUUUACAGAAACUGAAAAUAAUCAAGAAUGUAAUUGUGGUGAAACUGUAAAUAACAACUCGUCAGGUUUGAAUGAAUCAAUAUCUGAAGAUAAGUUCUAUAACAAAGACCAAGAAGAGGCACCUUAUUAUGGUGGCACUAUAGGCAUCAUAUCGGACAGUAACUUCGAAGUGAUUCCCAUUGCAAACAGAUCAUAUGAUACAGAAGGAGAUCUAACAGACAUGUCAGAUAUAUUGCAAAUUUCUACACCUUUGAUUCAAGAAUUUAAAGCAGAUGGAAAGAAUACCUUUAUGGAGAUUUCAAGUGAGGAAGAAGUGUGCAACAGUUCUAAUCAGGGAAAUGAUAAUGGUUCUCAAAUCGUCUUCCAGAAUACUCAUGAAGUACAUGGUGAUGUUCAAGAGUGUGACCAGAUUGGUAAAAGCAGCGAUGAAAUGGACAAUGCAGAUUAUCAUCCUCUAGAGAGUAUAAAAAUAAGAAAAGAAUCUGACAGUUUUAGAAGCAUAUUUGCAAAUAAACCAACAGAUUCAUACAGCAACAACAAUUUCCCAAGAAUUUGUAAAUUAGGUCUAGUGGGUAGUGAUAUUUCGGAAGAUGAAGAACUGGAUAUUCAAAUGGAAAGAACUUCUGAAACACCCUACCAGACGAAGACGUCACUCUGGAAAAUAAAACAUUACAAAAAUGACAGAGAAAAAAGACUGGAUGAAGAUUGCCCUUUGCUAUUUCAACGGCGCACUGUCACGAAAAGUCCCGACCUGACUUCACAGAGCGAAAAACUUUUAAUCGAAGAGAUAGAAUAAAUGUAGAGAUUUAAAGUAACCACACGGAAAUAAGAGUUAAUUUUAGACCAAGAAGCUAAUUGUGUAUUAAGAAUAAUAAAUAGUACAAUACAUAAACAUUUAUGCAAAUAAACAAAAAAA